AUCUUUACCCUGUAAAAAACAUGGGGUUUUAAAUUCAUCUUCUUCACUUACCCAAACUCACUUUUUCUCUCUUAGUUUUCUGUCUCAAUAAUCCACCAAGAAGAAGCAAGAUGGGAAAACUCAUUUUUAUUGUUUCCCAACUCCAUAAACUUGCUGGGCCUUGCUUGACAUUACUUUAUCCCUUGUAUGCAUCAGUUAUGGCCUUGGAGAGCACAACAAAAAAAGAUGAUGAACAGUGGCUUUCUUAUUGGAUUCUGUACUCAUUUAUCACUCUUGUUGAAAUGGUUAUAGACCCUGCUCUAGAAUUGUUUCCUAUUUGGUAUGAUGUGAAGCUGGUAAUUAUGGCUUGGUUGGUUCUUCCCAAAUUCAAAGGGGCAGCUUUCUUGUAUAAGAGAUUUGUGAGAGAGCAAAUGAAGAAGUAUAGAGGGAAAACUACACAUUUCAUGGGAAAGAACAAGCACUAGAAAGGCAGAGCAUGAAUGUAUGUAAUUACUGAAGAAUGCAAAAAAUGCACAUAUGGUUUCUGAAGAUCUUGCCAUUCAAGACUUGUGUUAAGUUACUUUUGUUGGUUAACUCUACUAAUCUUUUGUUUGUGACCCUCAAUCUGAGCUAGCUUCUGUUGUAUCAUCCAAUCCAUAUAUGUAAAAGGGCAGAAAUAGCUCUAGUUUGUUGCAAAGUCUUUUUAGAGUGCGGUUCUUUUUUAGGAAUGUAAUAAUGGUAGUACCUUGUAUUCGCCAGCUAAUUUUUACUAAUUUUACUUUCUUCUUACGAAAAA